AUGGUUUUUAUAGUAAUUAAUAACAAUUAUUAUUUGGCUUUACUUCAACAAAGACAAAUGUCAAACGUAUCAACAUCAAUUGAUUCAACUCGACGAUGUCCUGCAAUGAAUGAACUUCUAACAUUUGAACAAAGGAAACUAGCACGAAUUGAACGAAUUAAAUUAUAUCAAACAUUAUGUCAAUUUUAUUAUAAUUUAAAAUGUUUUUAUGAUGAAUUCUAUAUGUGUUUAUGUACAAUUGAACAAUAUGCGAAUUGUUUUCAUUUUGAUCGUCAGAUUAGUUUUGCUUGCACUGAAAAUGUUCGAUGUCUUAACGAUGGAAAAUGUCUUCAAGAUCAUCCAUUGUGUCCUUUUUCUAUAAUAUGUGAUUGUAUUGAUUGUUUUUUUGGCGAUCAAUGUCAAUUUUACGGUAAAGGUGUUGGAUUAACAUUGGAUGAUAUAAUAAGAUACGAGAUUAAACCAUAUAAAAGUAUAAAUGAACAAUCAAAUUUGAUAAAGUUAAGUAUAUUUUUCACAAUAUUUUUGUUCACAAUUAGUGGAAUCAACAGUGCCUUUCUGAUUUUAACGUUUAAAAAUCAAAAUGCUCGUCAAGUUGGUUGUGGAAUAUAUUUGUUAUCAACAUCACUUACAUCAUUGUCAGCAGUAAUAAUGCUAUUAAUUAAAUUCUGGUUUGUUUUAUUAACACAUAUAAAUCCAUCAAUAGAUCGUUUAACUCUUCUUAUUGGAUGUAUAUCAAUUGAACCAUUACUUAAAUUAUUUUUGUGGAUGAGUCAUUGGUUAAACGCUUGUGUAUCAAUUGAACGUGUAGUUAGUUCCAGUCAAGCGAUAGAAUUUAAUAAAUCAAACAGUAAAAGAAAUGCAAAACGAAUAAUAAUUUGUUUACCAAUCAUCAUUGUAUCACUUAAUUUAUAUGAAAUUAUUUCUCGUAAUUUAUAUGAUGAUGAUGAAGAAAAACGGACAUGGUGUGCUCUUAAUUAUUCAUAUGGUUUAUAUAUUUACAUAACAAGUUUAGCACUCGUUCAUAUCGUAACUCCGUUUCUUAUUAAUAUAUAUUCAGCUAUAUACAUUAUUUAUUCAAUUGCAAGGCGUAAAGCAAAAAUUCGCACAACUGAAAUUCGUUUCCAACAUAUUAAAAAAGAACUUUCUCAACGUAAAGAUUUAAUUCUGAGUCCAAUUAUUUCAGUCAUGUUAACAUUACCACAUCUUGUUAUUUCGUUAUUACUUCGAUGUUUAAAAGCAAAUGAAAAUACAUGGUUAUAUCUUUUAUCAUAUUUCAUUUCAUUUGUUCCACCAAAUUUAACUUUUUUCAUCUAUAUCUUACCAUCACCAUUAUUUAGAAAGGAAUAUGUGAAAGCAUAUCGAGCAUUAUUUCGACAAAAUCGAUCGGAAUAG